GGCGGCCACAGGAGGUGGGAAAAGCGGAGGAGGACGGCCGGGAGGCGGCGGCGGCGGCCGGGAAGUGAAAGGUCUCGCAAAGUUCAGCGUCGGCUGCGGGCGCCGAGCCCCGGGCGAGCGGCUCACCCGCCCUCAGGGCCGCUCUGCGGGCAGCGGCCAGGCCGGCUAUGGUCCCGGGGCUCCCGCCGCUCCUGAGUUGCCCGGGCCCCGCCAGGCAGGUGCGCGACGGUCACCCCGCCGCCCGGCGCGGCCCCGGCCCGCGGCUCCGCGCCCACGGUGCCCACUGAGCGAGCCUGGCGUCCCGGGAGGAGGAAGAACCAACGAGCCCCGGGUGCUCCCGAGGACCGCUGCCGCUUCAUCCCACCCGCUCCCGCCGCUGCCCGGCCAUGGGGAGCUGCGCACGGCUGCUGCUGCUCUGGGGCUGCUCGGCGGUGGCCGCAGGACUGAGCGGAGUAGCCGGCGCUAAUUCUCGCUGCGAGAAGGCCUGCAACCCUCGCAUGGGCAACCUGGCUCUGGGGAGAAAACUCCGGGCCGACAGCACCUGUGGCCAGAACGCCACCGAACUCUUUUGCUUCUACAGCGAGAACGCCGACCUCACCUGCCGGCAGCCCAAUGCGAGAAGUGCAAUGCGGCCCACUCAUCACCUGGCCCACCCUGCCCUCGCCAUGGCCGAUUCGUCCUUCCGGUUUCCCCGGACGUGGCAGUCUUCUGCGGAGGACGUGCAAAGAGAAAAGAUCCAGUUAGACCUGGAAGCGGAGUUCUACUUUACCCCACCUCAUUAUGGUGUUCAGUCUCCCAUGCCUGCAGCCAUGGUGCUGGACCGGUCCCAGGACUUUGGAAAGACGUGGAAGCCUUACAAGUACUUUGCAACCAACUGCUCGGCUACUUUCGGCCUGGAAGACGAUGUUGUCAAGAAGGGAGCUCUCCUGCAAACGUCGAGAUACUCAAGUCCCAAUGCCUGUAGCGGGGGUGGGGUUAUUUUCAGAGCUCUGUCACCACCGUAUGACAUAGAAAACCCUUACAGUGCCAAAGUUCAGGAGCAGCUGAAGAUCACCAACCUCCGCGUGCAGCUGCUCAAGCGACAGCCCUGCCCUUGUCAGGGAAACGACUUGAACGCAAAGCCUCAGCAUUUCACACACUAUGCAAUCUAUGACUUCAUCGUGAAGGGCAGCUGCUUCUGCAAUGGCCACGCCGAUCAGUGUGUACCUGUGGAUGGCUUCAGACCCGUCAAGGCCCCGGGAGCAUUCCAUGUGGUGCACGGGAAAUGCAUGUGCAAGCACAACACAGCAGGCAGCCACUGUCAGCACUGUGCGCCAUUGUACAAUGACCGGCCCUGGGAGGCAGCCGAUGGCAGAACGGGGUCCCCUAACGAGUGCAGAACCUGCAAGUGCAACGGGCACGCCGACACCUGUCACUUCGACAGCCAGGUGUGGGAGGCGUCAGGGAACCGCAGCGGGGGCGUCUGCACCAACUGCCAGCACAACACCGAAGGUCAGCACUGCCAGCGCUGUAAGCCGGGCUUCUACCGGGACCUCAGGCGACCCUUCUCCGCCCCAGAUGCCUGCAAAGCAUGUUCCUGCCAUCCAGUUGGGUCAGCUAUCCUUCCUUUCAGCUCAGUGACCUUCUGUGACCCUAGCAAUGGUGACUGCCCUUGCAAGCCUGGGGUGGCAGGGCCACACUGUGACAGGUGCAUGGUGGGAUACUGGGGCUUUGGACACUAUGGCUGCAGACCUUGUGACUGUGCUGGGAGCUGUGACCCACUCACAGGAGACUGCAUCAGCAGUAAUGCUGACGUUGAUUGGUACCAUGAAGUCCCCGCCUUUCCUUCUCCAUACAAUAAGAGCGAGCCGACCUGGGAGUGGGGGGAUGAACAAGGAUUCUCUGCACUCCGACACUCAGGUAAAUGUGAAUGUAAGGAACAAGUGUUAGGAAACCCCAAGGCAUUCUGCGGAAUGAAGUAUUCGUAUGUGUUAAAAAUCAAGAUUUUAUCAGCUCACGACAAAGGUUCCCAUGCCGAGGUCAACGUGAAGAUAAAAAAAGUCCUACAGUCUACGAAACUGAAGCUCUUACGAGGCAAGAGGACGCUGUACCCUGAGUCCUGGACAAACAGGGGCUGCACAUGUCCGAUCCUCAAUCCAGGUCUGGAGUACCUUGUGGCUGGGCACGAAGACGUAAGAACAGGCAAACUGGUUGUGAAUAUGAAAAGCUUUGUCCAGCGCUGGAAGCCAGCUCUCGGGAGAAGGGUCAUGCAUAUCUUAAAGAAAGAAUGCAAAUAGCACUGGACACACGAGGCACACAGAGACACGCGUGUAAUGGGAAAGAGACCUUGAAAUGAAACUGGAAUAUUUUUGAAGUGCCAAAAUGUAGAAAAAAGGUUCCAACGCAUAGGCCUUGUCCGAUCGAUCUGCUCUAGAUCUGCGCUC